AUGAAUAGAAGAACCUACUACCUUAAUGGCCUGUCCCAUAACCAGGAUAGUAUGCGAAUAGUCGACAAUUUACUAAGUUUGAGCAACCAAUCCAACUUACAAGUUACUGUGAGUGCAAGUCUCAGUACCAGGCGUUUAUUUUGUAUGGAAUGUAGUGAUCUUGCUGAUAAAGUUUGUCUGAUAUUACGACAUCUUCAUACACAUGCCCCUGCCCUUAUUGCCAUAUUGCUAGUCUGUUGUGUUUUUGAUGCAGAAUGCUAUGAUUAUAAAAUUGGAGGGCAAGUCGAACGGCUACCCUCUAACUGGGCAAAUACUGGAAGGUCUAUGGUUUUAGGGACGCUAUCGGUUAUCGGUCUUGGACAGAACGGUACGGUGCAGAUGAAUCUACUCCAGCCGCUUAUCGUAGAAUAG